UCCCCUGCUGCCUCUCCUUAACGAGAUCCGACUCACCGCGGACUACAUCCUCCGUGCGUCCCGCGGCGUAGCACUCUCCCUGGGCAGAGGUAUGGCUUCAACCGUGGUGGCUCAGAGACAUUUGUGGUUGACACUCUCUGAUGUCCCCGACAGAGACCGGGCCACAUACCUGGAUGAACCAGUUAUGGCGGCCGGGCUAUUCGGCCAGUCUCUCGACGUCAUCCARGCAAAGUUCGAGCUGAGGAAGAAGCAGGCAGAAGCUCUGCGCUGCAUCAUCCCCAGACGGGACUCGAAACCCAAGACCAGCACUCAGAAGCCGGCUGCACAGCCGCCUCCGGCGAAGAGAACGGUGCUGCCCGGGAGCUUAGGCUCCCAACCACCGCAGCCUCAUCACCACGGCCAACCCCCCCGCCAGUCGGCUUGGAGCAAGGGCCCCCCCCCUCCGGGUGCUCAAAAAGGCGCGACGCCGCGGAGGAAGAAGACGCAGUCCUCCUAACCGUGGGACAGUCACUGCAGGGACUUCAGGACCAGGGAGACAUGUUCGCCUGUUUUCGGCUGCCGCCCAAGCGACAUUUUGUUUGUUCUGUUCAAGAAACCAGUCCCAAGAGGCGCUGCGUUUCUAUAUCACAGUCUCCCAAGCACCAGUCCCACCCCACACACACAGUGUUUGCACCAGAAGCCCCCAGUUUGGGUGCGCUAAAUGUUCAAAAUGUACAAAAUGUACAAAAUUGUGUAAAUUUGAGUGUGUUAAUAAAGGAAACACCCCAAAAACAAAAAAACAAACAAAUCA